AGGAGGAGAAGAAGAAGAAGAAGAAGAAGUCGGUGGAGGAGAAGAAGAAGAAUUAAGAGUUGCGGUGCCUGUUGGGCUGUCGGGACACUAAACGCCACGUCACUAAGUGAGACCUCCGCUGUCGCUGUGAUUUCCACGUUAGAAGGAGAACUUUUUUUUACCUAUGAUGUCCUGAUCGCUCUUGUUUCGCGUAUAGUCAAGCGAAGUGUUGUCUAUUAUUUGCCCUUUCAAAAGGGCUCAGCAGUCACCAUGUCGGGGUCCAACUGGGGUUUGAUUAUGAACGUCGUGAACAGCAUCGUGGGGGUCAGCGUGCUGACCAUGCCCUUCUGCUUCAAGCAGUGUGGCAUCGUAUUGGGCACUGUCCUGCUUUUCUUCUGUUCCUGGAUGACCCACAAGUCCUGCAUGUUCCUGGUAAAUGCAGCAAGCAUCAGCAAGCGUAGGACGUAUGCAGGCCUUGCCUACCAUGCCUACGGAAAAGCAGGAAAAAUGUUAGUCGAGACCAGUAUGAUCGGCUUGAUGUUGGGGACAUGUAUUGCCUUCUAUGUCGUUAUUGCAGAUUUAGGCUCCAGUUUCUUUGCUCAAUUAUUGGGCCUUCAGGUGACCGAAAGAAUCCGUAUUGUCCUGCUCAUUGCUGUUUCUGUUUUCAUUGUCCUGCCGCUGAGCCUUCAGAGAAACAUGAUGUCCUCCAUUCAAUCUUUCUCUGCCAUGGCCCUCAUCUUUUAUACCCUCUUCAUGUUUGUGAUGGUGCUGUCCUCCUUCAAGCAUGGCCUCUUCAUUGGUCAAUGGCUGAAGCGGGUCAGUUACGUGUGCUGGGACGGCGUCUUUCGCUGCAUCCCUAUCUAUGCCAUGUCUUUCGCCUGUCAGUCACAAGUGCUUCCCACUUAUGACAGUCUGGAAGAACCUUCAGUCAAGAGGAUGAGCAACAUCUUCACAUCUUCGCUAAAUGUUGUAACUGCCUUUUAUGUCACUGUUGGCUUCUUUGGCUACGUGAGCUUUACAGAAAAUAUCGCUGGCAACGUUCUGAUGAAUUUUCCAUCAAAUCUUGUGACGGAGAUGAUUCGUGUUGGGUUCAUGAUGUCUGUGGCUGUUGGCUUUCCCAUGAUGAUUCUACCUUGUCGACAAGCUAUUAACACUCUUGUGUUUGAGCAACAGCAGAAGGACGGCACAUUUGCAGCAGGCGGGUAUAUGCCCCCUUUGAGAUUCAAAGCAGUGACGCUCUGCAUUGUGUUUGGCACCAUGUUAGGUGGGAUUCUUAUUCCAAAUGUGGAAACCAUACUUGGACUUACAGGAGCCACAAUGGGAAGCCUAAUUUGUUUUGUCUGUCCAGCCCUGAUUUACAAACGAAUCCACAAGAAUGGCCUUUUUGCCCAGGCUGUGUUAUGGGUUGGCCUUGGAAUCCUGAUCAUUAGCACUUUCACAACGUUAUCAGCAGCUGGAAACCAGCCUGUGAAAUCAGAGGACACGCAGGUGAUCAAGGACCCACUUGUAGAAGGAAAGGAAGUGGCGCAGCCAGAGCUGCCAAAUAUUCCAGUUGAAAACCCAGUAAUAGUGGAGGCAGUGGAUGGACGAGAGCGACCGAAGCCACCAGAAGCUGAAGAGAAAGAUCCUGCAGAGCCCCCUCAAAUCAUAGGACCUGCCGAGAUUGCAGAGAAGAAUAAGGAAAAAAAGGAAGAGGUUCAGCUGGACCGACCGGAUCCCGGGGUUGCUCUUCCAGUUGGGGAAGCUCAUCGACAUGAGCCACCUAUACCCCAUGAUGAAGUGCUUGUGGAUGAGAGAAAGGAUAAGGAGGACUCGGCGGAGAAAGCUCCACUGAAAAAUAACGCUAUAGAACAGCCUAUAGGUGUGGCGCAACCAGUGGUUGUAAUCGAGGAGAAAGCCAUUGAAGAGGGGGCUGCAGCUGUGAUAGUCAAGGACCCUGGGGAACAUUUAGACAUUCUGCAAGAGAAUAAAGUCCUCCAGAAACCAAACAAUCAGGAAGGUCUACCAGCUUACAAAGAUCUUCAGGAUGCAGAGAAAGUAGAGCCCCGCCAGGAGGAUAUGCAACCAGAGAAGAAGGAUGAAGAAGCAAAGCCAAAAGAAGAUGUGAAAGUACCUGAGCAAAAUGACAACAAUGUACACAUAGCUGUAGGAGCAGAUGCACAACAGGAUACACUUUUGCGAGAGGAGAGAAAUGCAAAUGUUAAAGAUGAGUUACAUCAGGAAAAGCUUGAUGCUGAAAUUAAAAAGCUUGUGGCAGAGGCUAACCGAGCUGAAAAACUGGACCAUGCUAUGCUCCUGCAGGUCAUCAAAGAGCAGCAGGAACAGCAGAAGAGACUGUUAGACCAUCAGGAAAAACUACUGGAGGUCAUUCAGAAGCAACAUGACGAGAUUCACCUGCAGAAACAAGAGGGAGAGGACAAGCCAGCAGAGAUGUCACAGGAAGAACAGGAACCACAAAAAGAAAAGAAGUCUACAGAACAGCAAGGUGCUGGAGUCGUAGAUUUGCAUGAGGUGCAGCAACCUGGAGGAGCAGAUCCUCUAGUGGAAGCCCAGCAUGACAGUCAGCAUCAGGAAUCGCAGAAAUUAGAACACCAGCACAAUCCUCCUCUUCCUCAGGAUGACCCCAAGCUUGUGGCACCAGUUCCCCACGAUCCAGAUGCUGAAAAUAAGAAACCUGUCAUAGUAACGAAAGAAGUUGAGGACCACGUUGCCGAGCACUUGAACGACGUGGUGCUGCUUGUUCCAAAAGUCCCACAAGAGUCUCUGAACGAGGAAGUAGGACCCAAGAUUGACUUGAUGAAGCAGAAGGAUCCUAAAGAACGAGAGCAAGUGCAGUUGAAGCCACCACAGGCAGAGCCUCUACCAGUGCAACUGAAUCUGAAUUUGAAAGAGGAGCAGGUGCAGAAGGAUGGCCAGAAUUUUGUUGUAAUAAAAGCUGAGAAGAGUCAGAUUGACCAUGGAGAAGUGGGGGCCAGGGGCGUUCCCCUAGGGAAGAAGGUUCAGGAGCCAUUGUUGAAACAUUCCAAAUCCUUUGAAGCAGACAAAGAGAUAACUGAACUUGAUGGUGAUCAUGCCAAGCGUUUGAAAAAUGCAAUAGAUGAAGGAGAAAAAGAAGCAGUGGCGGUGGCGCCCAUUGGGGAUUUGAAUCCACAAGCAAAGGUUCACAUGCAGAAUUCUGACACUGCCGUCAAUGAUCUGGUUCAGAAAGCUGAAGAUCCCGAAAAGCCGCCAGCAGAUUUGAAAGUGCAGCAUGCAGAAGACAACCUUAAGAGGGGUGCAGAACAGCUGCAUAGUGAGGAGCAUAAAAAUAAACAGGCCAAUGCAAUACAUAUAGAGCAGGGUGACCAGCUUCAGGGCAGGGGGGUGAUUGACGAUAAAGCCAACCACAACGCAGGCGAGAUGGAUCUGAAACGAAGGAAGAAAAGGGAGCUGCAGGACCCACUGGCUGCAGUACAGCUAGUGGGCUUAGAAUCCCUGAUGAACCUGGAAGGUUUCAAACUGCCUGGCGCACUGGAGGCUCGACUUGUAGCUGGAUCUCUGGUUCACACCCGGCAGAUUAAGCAAGAAAAAUUGAUUUCCGAGAAAGAAGAGUGAAUAUCAUCAACGGGGGAUUAAACCAACUUGGUCACCAAAGAGGACUUUUUUGUUGUUUUCUUAAACUGGAGGGAGUCGGAGUCCAUUUAUUGGGAUGGGAUUGGUGGGGAAUUAACUGUGUUUUGCCCCUUGGAGAUGAACAAGGACUCACUCGCCAUUCGAUAAGGACGCACCUUCAUCUGAUCAGAUUUUGGUCCCAACACACACCCCACUCCCUCCUACCCUCUCACCAUUACACAUUCUCAUUACUAUUUUGAUUUUUAGUUUGCAAUUGUAAAUACUUAACUAGUGUUGGACCCAAAGGGUUCGUUGGAAUUUUGACACAGCUGUACUGUGUUUUCUUGGUAUUUAUUUUUUAAGUUAAAGCUGGAGCACAUCCAUGCUUUGGUUCUUAAGGCUGGAGCGAAGCCUGCCAGAUCAUCUUGAUUUUACCCCCCUGCAGUCAAAGGUGCCACAAUAAUAAAUGCUUUACUAUCAAAGACUGGAAUAACGUUUGGGUUCAACCGCCAACUGGAGCCCCGACGCCCACGUGGAAGGAUUCCGGAUGGACGUCUCUACAGGAUGCCUCAGGUUUGACUGCUUUUGAAUUACCGGGUGUUUUUAGAACUUUACUGAAAAGGCUUGUUUUCCAUGGCAGGUAAAAUAAAACCUCCCCUCGUGUCACAAACUGACAUGCCCUUCUAUGACAUAAGAAGUUCCUAACCUGUCCUUCUCUCUUUAAUUUAGCGGUAUGUGGAAUUGUGAGACCCCAGACACUGCAGUCCGACCUGGUGUGCCUGACCAGUGUGCAUAUUUGACUUUUAAUUUGGUUCUUUUCUAUUAUGGUGACGCAAAUCAGGGGGCCGCUUUUCUAAAAUAACUCUGGGAGGGUUUUGCAUUACGAAUAAUAGAAAAGUACCUUCAGUUUUUUAGUAACUAUUAUAUAAAUGAUGUCCAUAAAUUUGUUUGUUUUUGUUCAAUGCAGUGCACUGACUGCUGGGUAGAAAACCAUUCAGGAGUCUAAAUCCACCAUUUUGAAGUGCUUUGUAAAGCUUCACUGCGAUUGCCGUUUUCACAUGAACCCACGUAGUCACUAAUUGCACUUUACUCGCACUUUCAGGGAGGGGAAAAUAUGGAGAGUGAGACAAUAAGGUGAUUUCCAAACGAUACGUUAGUGUUGUACCAAUUUGCAGCCUUCAGUGUUUUGCUUCACAGACCACUUAGAUACACGCCUGCUAGGACAAGCGCACGUUCAUUUUCGAUGCUUUUUUGCUUUAGAGGGUAGAGUGGUGCUAACGUUAUUUGUGCUGUAAACUGCUUGACCCAAACCUCUGCUUCAAGUGCCUUCAUUUCUAGUGGACUUUUAACGAGAUCUUGACGUGAGAAUCGCAAUUUAUUGCUGGUGUUCCUUCUCAGGAUUUUUUUUUUUUUAAACUUGCGCCCAAAGUGGAGUAGCUAGGAAAGAUCAAGAUUCUAAAAUAGAACGCGAGCCGCACUUCUUUUUUGUUUUUUCCCGUCCAAAGAGCCAAACGUGCAUUGCCGAUAGUUUAUAGGGGAUGGAACAGGACUUCAUUCUUCAACGUCCUCCUGAAAGAAAUUACAGUCAAGUUUUCAAGCUUGGUUAAAAUAUGGAAAUCUCCUCCUUUAUUAGAUUCAUAAGCUUAGGUUGUGUGCAGAUGUGCCCGAGCCAAACGAUCCCUCGCCACUUCCUGACGAGGCCUGCUAUGUUCGUAUUCGUAUGCAUCAAGAAGCCGUUCAUUAAAUCAUUUGAUUCAUUCCGUGGGUUACUACUCUUCUAUGGACCAACCACUUUUUUUGUCUUUUUAAUUUUCUUUUAAGUUAAGAGUGCGACUUAUGUAGCAAAUUAAGAUUUGAAAUUUGAAAAGAGAAUACAAAGUGAGCGCUCAUUUCGACUGUUUUGGUUACGAAAGAUGAGAUUAUGUUUAGUGUAGUUUUGUGGUUUAGGAUUGCAAACAAACGGUUUAGUAAGUCAGUACCUUCAGUCGUUUUGUUGACAAUGAAUUUGUUCAGAAGUUGAGAUUCAUUUCGAGGAGAUUAAAGGGUGAAACGAGGGGCUUAACAGAAAAAAACAGUAUGGAACUCCUAGGUGGAUGUAACUGUAAAGCCGAAAGAAAAGGACAUUCAAGUGCUACCGCGUUAAAACACAUUAGCAAAUCGGGAGAGUCCCUACCUGUGGACCAACAAUUUGUGUUUCUAUGUCCCAGCUCUUGUAUCAUGAUCUUUCAUUUCUCACUCUCUUUGUAUAUUAUUUUUAUUAAACCGGUUACCUCAUUCAGUGUGUUUCACAGUGUCCAGCCUCGGCCUGCAAGUGGAGAUUUGCAAUUACCGCUCCUCCUCCAUGUGUAACCAGAGCUACUUCAAGGCCUGUCUGAGUAGAAACAGACCCUGAAGUAUGAUGGUUCUGAAAGGUGUUCUAAACAAAAAUAAAAUAUUUGUUCAACA